AUGGAGAGAUCUCUGGAGCUGGGCAAUAUGACCAGGGUCCAGCACUUUGUCCUGCUGGGUUUGUCCACAAGCUUGGGCAUAAGAGAUGUUUUGUUUGCUGUCUUCCUCACUCUCUACCUGCUGACCCUGUUGGAGAACACACUCAUCAUCUACCUCAUCUGCAGCCACAGGGAGCUCCACAAGCCCAUGUACUUCUUCCUGGGCAACCUGAGCUGCCUGGAGAUGUGCUACGUGUCAGUGACCAUGCCCAGCCUGCUGGUGGGGCUGUGGACUGGACCCUGCCAUGUGCCCUUCACAACCUGCAUGACCCAACUCUUCUUCUUCAUCUCUCUCAUCUGUACGGAGUGCACCCUCCUGGCCUCCAUGGCCUAUGACCGCUAUGUGGCCAUCUGUCACCCACUCCACUACCCGUUGCUCAUGAGGCCCCAGGUUUUCCUGGGCUUGGCCAUGACUUCAUGGUUUGGUGGGCUGCUGGUCUCAGUGAUCAAAACAGCAUGUAUUGCCAGCCUGUCCUACUGUGGCCCCAAUGUCCUCAAUCACUUCUUCUGUGAUGUCUCCCCUCUGCUUAACUUGUCCUGCACGCACGUGGCCCUGACAGAGCUGGUGGACUUCAUUUCUGCCAUUGUCAUCCUCUGGGGUUCCCUCAUCAUAGCCAUAGCCUCCUAUGUGGCCAUUGUUAGGGCUGUGCUCCACAUGCCAUCAGCUGCUGCCCGUUGCAAAGCCUUCUCUACCUGUGCCUCCCACCUCAUAGUGGUGGGCAUCUUCUACUCAGCCACUAUCUUCAUCUAUGCUCGUCCCAACCGCAUAGAGGCCAUGGAUCUCAACAAGGUAUUGUCUGUCAUCUACACGGUGGUCACACCUAUGUGCAAUCCUGUCAUCUACUGCCUGCGGAACAAGGAGGUCCAGGCAGUUUUCCAUAGAACCAUACACUCAUCCUGA